AUGGCUAAACGAUGCUUGAUAGAGACAUGUAAACGUGAAGCCGAAACUUAUUGUUAUCAUUGUUCAAACGAUGUAUGUACUAAACAUUAUUUAGAACAUAAAAAAUCGAUUCAAGAACAGUUACAUCCACUUGUUGAUGAGAUAAACUUCAUUUAUGAACAUAUUCAUUAUGAUGAUAAAAAUAAAACAAAAUCUAUACCACAAUAUUUAAUCAAUGUAUACAGUCAACUUGAUAAAUGGAAAACUGAUUGUUAUCAUCAUAUCGACAUUGUCUAUCAACGAAUUCGAAGUCAAAUUGAGAACAUUGCAAAAAGUCAUCAGCACGAAGAAACUCAAAAGACAAUUCACAAUAUAGAAUCACUAGAAAAAUUGCGUCAACAAAUCAAAGAAUUAUUGAAAGAAGGUGAUGUGACAUAUAGACAACUUGAAACAAUGAAACGACAACUAGAAGAACUAAAAAAGAAAGAACAAGAACCAAUUAAAUAUCCAGACAUACGCAUAAUAACUCAAAAAAUCGAUGUAGAAAAACAUGUUAGUGUUACUACUGAUAUCAAACAUUCGACUGAAAAACAACAACAACCAAGAAGUCCUCAGAAAAUAUCUCCAAAUAAAAAUUCGUUUGUACAUCAUCGAUUUGUCGGAUGGUCUUCCUCUGGACAAACAAUCGAAAAAUGCCCCAUGUGUUCUGAAAUAUUUCCUUUAUCGAUGACUAUGGCUGAUCGAACUGUGCAUAUAAAUGAUCAUUUACCAGAUUGA